GAGGAGGGAGGAGUGGUCUGGUUGAAGCACACUCGCACACCACUGCCUGCCCAGUUGGCUGGAUUUAGCGCAUUGGAAGGAAAGCAGUAAUGGGAUUGUCUCUGAGAGAGUAAAAUGAGCCGGGUGAACCUGCAAAAACUAAGUGAUCUGACGUAAUACAGCAGGCAACACAUCUGAGUGUGGAGACAUGUCCUUGUCAGCUGAAUGGAUAGAACAAGAGUGAGGGUACUGAGGUACUUCAUACUAUAGCUGAUCCUUUUUUUUAAGACAAAGAUAUUAAUGCCUGAUCAACAGAACCAAUGGAUUACAGUGCUGCUAACUGAAUGUGAGGUUAUUUAGAGCAGCAGAAGGCAAAAUCCUGUCUGAACAUCAAAAUGUCUAAUACAACAUUUAACAUGUCCAGUGACCAAGUUGAGAGUACAAUUCCCCUGCCCCACAGAGAGGUCGUCUCCCCUGAGAGUCAUUACAGCAACUCGUCACUGUCGCCCUCACCUGACUCCAGCAGUAGUAUUUCAAACCUGAGUGACAGAGAAGCCAGCAGCUCCGUGGACAUCACCAUGUUUGGGGUCUGCCUCAGCAACAGCUCCUCUGUGGAUAACCGCUACAACACUACCUCACCUCAGGGCAAUGGAUUUUGUGGUGUAAAUGCAUACAUGAACCAAACUUUUAUUGCUAAACCUGUUAAUGGCAGUGUGGAUUUCUGGAACGAAACCUUGAGUCUGAGCAACCAUGAGACAGAAUCAGAGAAGUACCAGACUUUCAGUGAGGACACAGAGGAUGGAAGUAACAGCGCAGUGAUGUCUCCAGAAUCUGCUGGGAGGGAGAGCCAACUGAGAUCAGACAGAACCUCCCGUAGAGGAUCCACUGAGAAUGACUGCUGCUCCCUGAGCUCUGGGGAAAUGGUUAUAAGGAGCAACAGUUUUUGUCUGCAGGAUGAGUCUUUGUUGCUUAUCUCUUCCCUGGAGGAUUCAUCAAUAUCUCUAACUGCAGGCCAUGCAGCGUUGCCUGCUGAAUCUAACCUGCUGUUAACCACUCUGCCAGAUGUCCUUGAGAAAUCCACAGAGAGAGUCAUUGAGGAGAACACAGGCCAUCCAUGUCUUGGCAUGACUUUCACUCAGGCAGAGCCCCUCACUGAGGAAAAUGAUAUGGCAACAUCCAACUCUCUUGUAGCUCUGCCAAGUGAGAAUGAAGGAGUUCUUUUGAUGACCUUUGUCUGUGAAACAUCUCCUGCAGAUUGUGCAAAAGAGGCUCCGUUUGCUGGUGCUGAAGCGGAGCCGAUGCCCCAUUUCCCUGAAGCAUUUACACCAGAACAAGGCAGGACCUCUGUGUCCACUUUGUCAGCUAUGCAAGACACUGAUAAGGAUAUUCAUACUUCCACGCCACUACAAAACAUGAUACCCAGCCUCCCCUCCUUCUCAGAGUCUCCCUGCGCUGAAAGCCAGGCAGCCAGCCCCGGACUCCGCCUUGUUAAACAGCAGCAAAUCUCUGUGACUCCUAACCAUUUGGUUGCAGGACUGCCGCCUUCAGCCAGCAAAGUCAAGAAAAUGGGAAUUAAGAAGUUCCCCAAGUCAGACUUCAGCAGUGUAAAAUGUAAAGUCAUGACAAGAAGUGUACGUCAAACGUCAGUGCCAGGCUCGACAUCCCUGCAAAAAUCAUCUCAAGUUAAAGUGAACAAUGAACUCACUGAAGCACACAGAGGAGCAACUGUCAGGGUUAGUCCUGCCAAGUUAAGGAGUAGCACCUCCGUUGUCUCUACAGCCACUAAAAUGGUCAGUGAUGCUCAGAGAAGAGUCAAUACAGGAGGUGCUAAUUCAGGUUCAACAGAUGUACAGUCAUCUGGGCAUACUGCUGUGGAGGGACAGGGCAAGAGUACAGUGUCCCAGCCUUACAUCCACCCAGCUGCAAACAAACAGGCUCCAGCAGUCCAAUGCAGUAAUGCCAGCUCUGAAACAGAACAGGCAGCCUCAUGCCAAGUAGCAGGCGCUGCAGCACAGCAUCCUGGCAACCAGACCUUUUGCCUCUCAUCCUUAGAAAAAUCCCCCGAUAGAAGUGGCCGAACGGAUCCCAAACCAACACCAAAAAAGGGCAUGAUAAACAAAAUUGAGGUCAGAUCAGGCUCAGCUUUGGGUCAGGACAAACCUCUUUUCAAGACUCGACCUCGCUGCUCAUCAGAGAGUUCAUCAUUGUCAUCUAUGCCACCCAGGGAGAAGAGAACAUCUCUAAGGAUCGUAAAUAGCUUUACCAUUCCCAAAGAUGACACCCACCUGGGCCAGAGCAAACCAGGCAAUCUGAGUUGCUCCUCUCAGAAUAAACAGGCCAUACGGACAGAGGCCACAAGCAGACCUACUGGGAACUCCUCAAGGGAGGUUAAGAGGAUCAGCCUGGUGGCAGAGUCCAGCAAAUCUUCAUCAGCUGGAGCCUCAUGUGAUGAGAGAAAGAGCAGAUUUCGAGGACGGCCAUCUCCUAGACAAACAAGAGAACCACCAUCUUCACAACCUCCAGCUGCCAGUCCCAGACCAGCCACUCUGUCUGCCAGGCAGAGGCAGGGGACACUGGGAAGGGAUGAAAACAGGACCCCCAAAGCUGUAGGGACACAACAGUCCAAGCAGAGGAACAGUCCAGGCAGUCAGAGAGUUCAGGCAACAGGAGAGCCAUCCCUUGGAACUGACUCAACAGCAAGUAUUAAGCCUCAACUGAAUGGAUCCCGACCUCCUCAUACUCCCGUUCGCCGCUCUCUUAUGGGCCCUCCCCCUACUCCUUCUUCUAGACUACCACGCAAGGCCCCAGGGCCAUCUAGGAGCCUUACUGGGGCCAGUGUUCACACUGAGCAGAGUGAAGAUGCAAGGAGUACACAAGUUUCUGGAGGAGCGGCACAUAAACCAUCAUCUUUCAAAACGGUUGUGCUGAAAGCUAGACUCAUCACAACCCCUGGGAAAAACACUGGACCAUCUUUGGCCACAGCAUGCAAACCUGCUGCUUCCACCAGCAAAGGCUCUUCAAAUUCUACAGCCAGUUCUCUGAAAAAGACUGCUUCUCCAAGAAUUGUUCGUGUACCUUCAAGUGGACCUGUGGACAAGAACAAACCCAAGGCCAGCUCCCGCCAGCAGCACCCUCAGCAGCAAGCGUCCCAACCAAGCCAGCGUAGUGGACCUGCAGAUGUGGUGCCAGCAAGUGUCGGCGAGGAAGGGAGAAAGGAUGAGGGCAUCCAGCAGUUCAGAGACCUCCUGGCAGCUAGUAACCGUGGAUUUGAGGCUGUCGCUGUCGUCUUGCAGCAAGCUUUGACUGAGCGUGAUGUAGCCACAAAGCAGUGCAGGGAUCUGUCCCAGGAGCUGGUCAACCUUCGAGGAGAGCUGGUUUCCUCCAUCCAAUCCUCUGAACGGCUAGAGAAGGAGAAGGAUGAGUUGCGUGUCGCUCUGGAGGAUGCACUGCAAAAACUGCAGGAGCAGCACCAACAGGACCUGGCAGAGCUGGAGGAGAGACUACAGGCCUACUACCAGGCUGAGUGGGACAAGGCCCACCUCACCUACCAGGAGGAAACUGACAAGUGCAAGACUCUCAUGCAACAGCAGAUUGGAGAACUUAAAUCCAAUCAUGAAUCCAUGAAGCUGGAACUAGAGAGCAGCCACACAGAGCAGCUGCAGGCUAUUAAACAGAAGUAUGAAAAGUCACUGGAAGAGCUCAACAAAGUCCACAGUGAGGAGCUGCAGUCUUUGGAAAAAACUUUGAAAGAGACAGGAGCUGCUCUGUCUGGACGGAUUGAAGAGCUGACUGUGGAGAACAACGCUCUAAUUGAGAAGCUAACUGCAGAAGAGAACAGGAGGAAACAGCUGGCCGAAAAGAGUCAGAAGGACUCCCACACGCUGUAUCUGGAGCAGGAGUUGGAGAGUCUCAAAGUGGUGCUGGAUAUCAAAAACAAUCAGCUCCACCAGCAGGAAAAGAAGCUGAUGGAGAUAGAAAAACUGACAGAGAAAAAUGUAAAGUUGGAUGAGAGCCUUAAGAAGGUCCAGCAGGAGAAUGAGGACCUGAAAGCCCGAAUGGAAAGACAUUAUGCACUGUCAAGACAGCUGUCAACAGAGCAGGCGGUGCUGCAGGAGUCCCUUCAGAAGGAGUCCAAGGUGAACAAGCGCCUGUCGAUGGAGAACGAGGAGCUGAUGUGGAAGCUCCACAACGGAGACCUGAGUAGCCCCCGCAAGGUGUCCCCCACCUCCACCUCACCCUCCCACUCCUUCAGCCUCCAGUCACCUCGCAGCUCUGGCAUGUUCUCCAGCCCUCCUGUCUCACCCAGAUAACGAUGGGCCCCUGCUUCCAGGAAGCACUCCCUCUCUUUUGAGUUAUCCCUCUGGAAUUAAGAGCCAUGUUUGUUUCCUGUUCGCUUAGCAACACAACAGCCCGACUUUGGCUCUUUCAGGAUCGGAUGAACUCUCACACUUUCUGUACAGACAUGCUACAGACUGUAUUAAAGAAAAAGAAAAAAAAACAGUUGCACAGAAGCACUUAAUAAGCGAGGUCGCCUUGUUGGUUUGCCUUUCACGUCUGAUACUAUAAAUGGGGGGGAAAGGAAAUCUCAGGACUUCUAUAUGAUACACUAUUUUUGUUACUUGUUGUCAGAGGCUUGUCUGUCCUGAGGCUCAGCGCACAUACACAGCACAUGCAGUAAAAGAUGCACACAUGCAUGCAUAUCAACACGUGCAGACAUAGCCCUGUUGUGUGAGUGAGGGCUUCUUUGUGUCUCUGGAGACCACAGCCAUGGAAAGUCUGAAUUCAGAGUAGCUGUGAAUACAGACAACACUCCUUAGAGCGCAUUUUAUUUGAAGUACGCAUGAAAUAUGAAAUUGCUUCCGUGGGAUUCCUGCACCAUUUCUCGCAGCUAACUCUGCAGGAGUCACAGCCAGUUUGUCAUAUUACUAAAACCCUGCUGCUAGUCAGUACAUCAGGGCUGUACAAGCCUCCCUCUAUGUUCCGAGUUUCUUUGAGGUUACUUUUUUUUUUUUUAAAGGUUGGAAUUUUUUACACCUGGGCUGUCAGUUAAAGUUUCAUCUGUGGCCUCAAACAUGUUUUUUUUUUUUCACAUUUGUUUGUUUGACCAAGGGACCAAUCCAAGUCUUUGUGCAUGUGUUUGAGUCUUGGUGAUCACCCCUUACUGAACCCUCCAAAUGCAGCUUUAAAGUUGGGGUCUUUGCGGAGAGUUGACCAGUAGAGGCUUUAAUGUACAUGUCAGAGGCCGCAGUGUCUCAAAAAGAGUAAUUUAUGUGGAAUUGAUAUUAUUGGUUUGUUGACCCUGUUUGAAAUAUGCAAUUAAUAAAGUCUUGUAUAAAGCAAA